GCGGGCGGGCGGAGACGGACCCGGGAUCUGUCCGAGCAGGAAGCUAGCAGGAUCCCGGUCGCCGCCGCCCCGUCUCAGAGCUUGUCCACGUCGUCGCCCUUUUCGCUCCACUUCAUCACCUUUCACCCCGCCCUCCACCUCUCCGGCCACAGGUAGCCUCCCUGCCGCGCACCUGCCCUCGCGUCCGCACCGGAGAUAGUGGACACUCCUUUCAAAAAUGGAGGAUGGAAAGCCUGUUUGGGCACCACACCCUACAGAUGGAUUUCAGAUGGGCAAUAUUGUAGAUAUUGGCCCUGACAGCUUAACAAUUGAACCCUUGAACCAAAAAGGCAAGACAUUUUUGGCUCUCAUAAACCAAGUGUUCCCUGCAGAAGAAGACAGCAAAAAAAAUGUGGAAGAUAAUUGUUCACUAAUGUAUUUAAAUGAAGCCACUCUUCUUCAUAAUAUCAAAGUUCGAUACAGUAAAGACAGAAUUUAUACAUAUGUCGCCAACAUUCUGAUUGCAGUGAACCCAUACUUUGACAUACCUAAAAUAUAUUCUUCAGAAACAAUAAAGUCAUAUCAAGGAAAAUCUCUUGGGACAAUGCCACCUCAUGUCUUUGCAAUUGCUGAUAAGGCUUUUCGAGAUAUGAAGGUGCUCAAGAUGAGUCAGUCUAUCAUCGUAUCUGGAGAAUCAGGAGCUGGCAAAACAGAAAAUACAAAAUUUGUUCUAAGAUAUCUGACUGAAUCCUAUGGAACAGGCCAAGAUAUUGAUGAUAGAAUUGUUGAAGCUAACCCACUCUUAGAAGCCUUUGGAAAUGCAAAGACUGUUCGCAACAAUAACAGCAGUAGAUUUGGAAAAUUUGUAGAAAUACAUUUCAAUGAAAAGAGUUCAGUUGUUGGAGGAUUUGUUUCACAUUAUCUUCUAGAGAAAUCUAGAAUCUGUGUUCAAGGCAAAGAGGAAAGGAAUUAUCAUAUCUUUUAUAGGUUGUGUGCUGGUGCUUCUGAAGAUAUUAGAGAAAAACUUCAUUUGAGCUCCCCAGAUAAUUUUCGGUUAGGUGGUUGUAAUCUGAAGAAUAAAUCUACUCAGGCGUUGGAAUAUUGUGCUGAAUUACUAGGUUUGGAUCAAGAUGAUCUUCGUGUAAGUUUAACUACAAGAGUCAUGCUAACAACAGCAGGGGGCACCAAAGGAACAGUUAUAAAGGUACCCUUGAAAGUGGAACAAGCAAACAAUGCUCGUGAUGCCUUGGCAAAGACUGUCUAUAGCCAUCUUUUUGAUCAUGUGGUAAACAGAGUAAAUCAGUGUUUUCCUUUUGAAACAUCAUCUUAUUUUAUUGGAGUCCUAGAUAUUGCUGGUUUUGAGUACUUUGAACACAACAGUUUUGAACAGUUUUGCAUCAACUAUUGCAAUGAAAAACUUCAACAAUUUUUUAAUGAAAGGAUUCUGAAGGAGGAACAAGAACUCUAUCAAAAAGAAGGUCUAGGUGUUAAUGAAGUACAUUAUGUGGAUAAUCAGGACUGUAUAGAUUUAAUUGAAGCAAAAUUAGUGGGGAUAUUGGAUAUUUUAGAUGAAGAAAAUCGCCUUCCCCAGCCAAGUGAUCAACACUUUACAUCUGCAGUUCACCAGAAGCACAAAGAACAUUUCCGACUCACUAUACCCAGAAAAUCCAAGUUGGCAAUUCAUAGGAACAUCAGAGAUGAUGAAGGCUUCAUUAUCAGGCAUUUCGCAGGGGCAGUGUGCUAUGAAACAACCCAAUUUGUGGAAAAAAAUAAUGAUGCUUUACAUAUGUCUCUUGAAUCCUUAAUAUGUGAAUCCAGGGAUAAAUUUAUACGAGAAUUAUUUGAAUCAUCCACAAAUAACAACAGAGAUACUAAACAAAAAGCAGGAAAACUUAGCUUCAUCAGUGUGGGAAACAAAUUUAAGACACAAUUAAAUCUGCUUCUGGAUAAACUUCGAAGUACUGGUGCAAGCUUUAUUCGUUGUAUCAAACCUAAUUUAAAGAUGACAAGCCACCACUUUGAAGGUGCCCAAAUUUUGUCUCAACUUCAGUGUUCAGGUAUGGUGUCUGUUUUGGACUUAAUGCAGGGUGGUUUCCCAUCACGAGCUUCCUUUCAUGAACUCUACAACAUGUAUAAAAAGUAUAUGCCAGAUAAACUUGCAAGAUUAGACCCAAGACUGUUUUGUAAGGCUCUUUUUAAAGCUUUGGGCUUAAAUGAAGUUGACUACAAGUUUGGGUUAACGAAAGUAUUUUUUAGACCUGGCAAGUUUGCAGAAUUUGAUCAGAUUAUGAAGUCUGACCCUGAUCAUUUAGCAGAAUUGGUUAAAAGAGUCAAUCACUGGCUUAUCUGCAGUCGCUGGAAGAAAGUUCAGUGGUGCUCACUCUCAGUCAUCAAAUUGAAAAACAAAAUAAAAUACCGAGCUGAAGCCUGCAUUAAAAUGCAAAAAACUAUUCGAAUGUGGCUUUGCAAAAGGAGACACAAACCUCGCAUCGAUGGCCUGGUUAAGGUGGGCACACUGAAAAAACGACUUGAUAAAUUUAAUGAAGUAGUAAGUGCGUUGAAAGAUGGAAAACCAGAGGUGAAUAAACAGGUCAAGGACCUUGAAAUUUCUAUUGAUGCUUUAAUGGCCAAAAUUAAGUCCACUAUGAUGACGAGGGAACAAAUACAGAGAGAAUAUGAUGCACUAGUUAAAAGCUCAGAGGAACUUCUCAGUGCAUUACAGAGAAAAAAACAGCAGGAAGAGGAAGCAGAAAGGCUGAGGCGUAUCCAAGAAGAAAUGGAAAAAGAAAGAAAAAGGCGUGAAGAAGAUGAACAACGUCGAAGAAAGGAAGAGGAGGAAAGGCGGAUGAAACUUGAGAUGGAAGCAAAGAGAAAGCAAGAAGAAGAAGAGAGAAAGAAAAGGGAAGAUGAUGAAAAACGUAUUCAGGCUGAAGUGGAGGAGCAGCUGGCCCGACAGCGGGAGGAGGAGUGCCAGCAGCAGGCGGUUCUGGAGCAGGAGCGCCGGGACCGCGAGCUGGCCCUGCGGAUAGCCCGGAGCGAAGCUGAGCUCAUCAGCGACGAGGCCCAGGCCGACCUGGCCCUCCGGAGCUCGGAUUUCCGUCCAGUAACUUCUAACAUCAAUGGAGCAAGACCCAAAAUGACACCGGAACAAAUGGAGAAAGAAAUGUCAGAAUUUCUGAGUAGAGGUCCUGCUGUACAAGCCACCAAGGCAGCUGCUGGUACCAAGAAAUAUGAUCUCAGUAAAUGGAAAUAUGCAGAACUACGUGAUACCAUCAAUACUUCUUGUGAUAUUGAGCUCCUGGCAGCUUGCAGAGAAGAAUUUCACAGGAGACUAAAAGUGUAUCAUGCGUGGAAAUCAAAGAAUAAGAAGAGAAAUACUGAAACAGAGCAACGUGCUCCAAAAUCUGUUACCGAUUAUGAUUUUGCACCAUUUUUGAACAAUUCACCUCAGCAGAACCCAGCGUCUCAGCUUCCUGCCAGGCAGCAGGAGAUCGAAAUGAACCGACAGCAACGCUUCUUCCGCAUCCCUUUCAUCCGCCCUGCUGACCAGUACAAAGACCCGCAGAAUAAGAAAAAAGGCUGGUGGUAUGCCCAUUUCGAUGGACCGUGGAUUGCCCGGCAAAUGGAACUCCAUCCUGACAAGCCACCCAUCCUUCUUGUGGCUGGUAAGGAUGACAUGGAGAUGUGUGAGCUGAAUCUGGAAGAGACAGGCCUGACUCGAAAGCGUGGUGCUGAGAUUUUGCCAAGACAGUUUGAAGAAAUUUGGGAACGCUGUGGAGGCAUCCAGUACCUCCAGAGUGCAGUUGAGAGCAGGCAGGCGAGGCCCACGUAUGCAACGGCCAUGCUGCAGAAUCUGUUAAAGUAGAUGUGGCAGCCUUACCUGCACUGGGAACCCGGGCCGUGGUUCUAGGUAGGGUGUGUGCCCCAGAGAUCCAACCAUUCCAUGAUCAUGUUAGAACUACUUAUACAAAGUGAACAGAUUUUAGUAAUCAUGGCUUUUUGUUAAUUUCAGGUCAAUGAUGGUAGUGAAUUGGGGACUUAAACAUUAUUUUCCCUAUCCAGCUGUAACUCUUAAACUUCUCCUCAUUCUAAUACUUGCGAACACUUGGACAGAUUCUGACAUUUCUCAUUCUUUGUCAAUAGACUACCUUGAAGUCCAUCAUAAUUGUUCUCUAGGAAAAGAAAUUUUUUAAAAACUCAAAAUACUUGCUUUUGCAAGGAUGGCACAGAACCAUAUAGCUGGAAUAAUGAAACCUUAGCUUAAAGUUUCUUACAAAAGUUAAGGCACUUAAAAUAAUCAAGGCACUGAUGUUUUGAUCUGAAAAGCUGUGUACUUUUAAAUUUACUUUUUCAGAAAUUCAUGGAAAUUUGCAUUGAAGGUGGACAUUUUUAUUUUUCCCCCCUCCUUUGUGGUGUGUCUUAAUUUGAGUAAAGCAAUUCACCCGAACUUCUAGAAUUCCAGAAAGAGCCUGAAUGUAUUUGAUGUACUCUGUGAUAAAGAAGGUACAGUAUCAUGCACAGAUUUAUUUUUCUUUUCUAUCACAUUGUAUAGCUAUAGAAAAAUAUUUUCUUCUAUUCCAUGGACAAAUAAAGGAAAUUCAGACCAUUUAAAUGCUUAAAAGUUUUGAGAUAACUUGUUUCAUUUAGAAAAGGAAAGAGGUUUUCGGUGACACUGUGACUUGACUGAAUGCAGAUAUUCUUUCAGUUUCAUCUCAAUUGCGAUUUUUGUAUCAGAAUCUUGUCCAAGUUGUUUCAUAUGAUUUAAACUAGUGUUCUGCUGCAAAACAUCUUUGUUUUUAAAAAAUUCCUAGUGUCUUUUUUGGCCUUGAGAUUUUGGUAAUUGUAGAGCUGUUUUAUAAGCAUUGUGAUUCAAAAGUCCAAUACUUAGUAAGUAAUUGCUUAUUUCAUGUAACUGGUAAUUUUUUUUCUUUGUGUGGUGUUAGUUUUGAUCAAAUGUCAGCAGUUUCAAGCCUAAUAUUUAUGACUUCAUGUUAGGAAUUUGGAGACAAAGCUACAUCAAGGAGUCAUGUUGACAUAAUCCUAAUGAGUCUUGUUUGUAUUUUAGAAUAAAAUUAGAAAAAUAAAAUUAUUCUUUGCACUUUUUCUCCCUGAUUUUUAAAGACCUUAACCUUUGAAAUGGAUUUCCAAUGAUUUUUUUUUUCCUAGAAAGAGUACCUCAGUUAGGAAAAUAUUUCCCAGCUGAUUAGAUUAGUGCUUUUUGAGCCACAGUGUUUUCAGAAUUGCUUCUCUCAUAAUAUGUGUCUUAGUACAGAAAUAUUUAUUUAUUAUGAUACUGUGCAAAUGAUUGUCUCCUGUUAAAGAAAUUAAAUGGUCCUGUCUGUGCUAUUGAGAAUGUGAAUAUGAUUAUCUUUUGAAGGCUGUAUUACUGCAGAGAUUCACCCACCCUUGGGUCAUUUGAUCCCUGUGAUUGGUGACAGAAGGUCUGGUUACUGCAAAUAAAUGACCUAUUCUCUCUUCUCAUCACUCGCCUUUAAUUGGUGUUUUUAUUUGUAUAGAAUAGUGAAUGAUAAGCUUAACUAGUAGCAAGUAACGUCCUUGAAAAUUUAAUAACCAAAUUGAUUUUUAAUGAGUUGUCUCUUCAGUGCUGUUUUCAGGUUUUAUAUAUCUCCUAGAUACAUAUAGGCACUAGGUGGAAAACUCAUCAAACAGGUUAAAAUUAUUGUAAUGAGAGAACUUAAAUGCUUUGAAGAAUUUGUAAGACAUUUAUCGCAGCAAAGCAUCAUUGCAAGUCUUUAGUAGAUAAUAAAAUUAUAGUUUUAAGCCAUUUUGUUGCUAAUUAUGUCACACAGCUGUCCUAGACCUCAUCUAUUUAAAGUAGUCUCCUGAGUUAAUUUUGGCUACCAGGAGAAUUGCCCUAGUUCAGAUAGACUCACGAUAACCUACAUACUGUACAGAUGCACAUACACACACAGGCCCCUUUGCUGGAAAAAUUUAGGACCCUAUCAGUCUUUAAGGGAAAUAGCAGAAAUGGUAUUCUGAAAGAUGUUGAUGCAGCUGCUUUACAGUAUUCACAAUCAAACCCAUAAAUGUUAUGUGAAAACUGCAGGAAUCAAAAGUAAAUUCCUAUUUUAAUGUCAUUUUAAUUGAGAUUUAAAAUUUGAAAUUUAAACCAGCAUACUGUAUAUUAAGAACUAAUCUCUUAAUGCUUGUCUUACUCAAUAUAUGUUCUUUCCUUAGUGUGUACUUUGCAAAAGUAGACAUACAUAAAAUAUUAAAAAUGAGAAGGAAAAAUGUUUUCACAUUCAAUUUACUUAUAAUGUAAUUCCUAAUGCCACUAACAUAUUUGAGAUAUAUAUUAUGAGCUGUGGGUAUUCACUGAGAGAAAGAAAAUUUCUCUAAUACACAUAUGUCAAGAGAAGAAUGAAUUUUCUUAGUUGUAAAGUUGAGUAGAUGGCACUGUCUCAAAGGAUUAUGUGAGGAAAAAAUACAAUAAUGCAUGUAGGAGUACAAACCCACACAAGAGACAUUUUAUUGUAACUCACAUUCUGCUUCCUAUAAUGACUUUUUAAUAGGUCAUUCUUUCCUGUAACACAGUGAACACUUCUGUAAGAAAAUACAGUCUUAACGUAGAAAAUAGGUGGUAUUUGUGGAAGCUUAGCUAGAGAAUAGAAAUUCGCAGGCAAGAAUAAUGAUGAGGAUUAAUUGUAGGGCUUUUUAAAUUGGAUUUAAAAAUUUUUUUCUUUAAAUUUUCAUUCACAGGUUAUUACUAUGGUUCUCAGGGGAUCCAGAUAUGAAGAUCUUUGGUUUCUUUACGUGAAGUACCUUAAGAGUACUUGGAUAAGUAGAAUAAAUAUUUAUUGAAUGAAUCAGUCAGUCAAUUAAUACAAUGUUAGUGGUAGAUCUACCUCCUUUUACAGAGGAGGUAAAAGAUUGAGAGGGGUCAAAUAAUUUAGUUCUAGACCAUGAAAGAGGUAUAAAUGCUUUUGCUUCAAUCAUGUGGAACAAAAAGAAUCAAAACAAGGAAAUUUUGAGUAGCCCCCUGUCGAUUUACAAAGAGUUGCUCCUUCAUCAUUCCACAUCUUCAGAAGGUGUGACAUGUUUUCUGUAUGUAUCAUUACCAGAAAUAACAAGUAUUGAGAGUUUUUAUUUCUCUGAGAAGAAAUAAAAGUAAACUAACAAGGGAGGGGAGGGCAGAAGAUCUCUAAAAAUGAGAAUAAGGACAAGUUGAGGGGAUCAACUGUAAAAAUAAAGAGAAAAGUAGUGGUGGAAGAGAAAGAAGUGGGUCUGCCUCUGAAGACUCUACAUCCCCAGGUUGAAAAACACUGGUACUUUUUAGGUGACAAAGCACUCCAAGACCUUAGCUGAGUUUUAUAAUGAAUUGUAUGUACUAUAGGAGCAGAACCUAUGGUUUUUAACACUUGGAUCAGGAUAGACCUGGUGUACCAGUUCUCAGCAUGUAGAAAUGGCACUGCCACGCUGGAGAAGGCCAGCAAGAAGGAGACGUUCUGUGCAGAAGCCUCACAGAGGGAUCAAGUUGGAGAGACUUUGGGAAGUAGAGUCUACCCAUGUUAGGACCAGGUCAUUGAAUACAAUUCAGUUCAGUUCAAGUCAAUGUAUUCUUCCUUCCCCAUCACUCACCUAAUACAUGAAGUAAGUUUAGUCGUCAUACUUUUCAAGAAAUUUUUAAAAAGAUAAUCAGGAAAAAAAUGUGCAAUUAAAAAGAGAAUCUUGAAUACUGAUUUGUAUCUAUGUAUCAUCUCAAUCUCAGACCUCAGAUAGGCUUAUUAAUUGGCCAUUUUCUUUUCACUUUUGAAAACCCAUCUAACUGCAACUGCUACUUAAUUUUUCCUCAUUUCCUUAAAAAAAAUGUGUAUCUGAUUCUUUCCUAAAAUGAUGUACUGGAAAUAGAAAUAAUAAAUGCUGUCUAUGUAGAACUUC